GCCCUGGUGCCGGAAGUGGCCAUCAAGAGUGGUCAGACCUGGAGCGUGGUCGGGCUCAACCACCGCUGGCGCUUCUGCAGGCAUCGUUGUCAUCUCACCGUCGUGUACACUCCUGGCCAACACUGUGAACCGCAUGUGGAUGCGGCGUACAAGCCGUCGUCCAGUGAGCGGAGUCUCUUCACGUUCAUGCUCUACCUCAACGAGGGCUUUGGCGGCGUCACACCGCUCACAGGCAUGGCGCUGGUGUUUGAGCACAACAUCGUUCAUGAAGGCGAACGGCUCGCUUCCGACGUCAAGUACAUCAUGCGUACCGAAGUCAUGUACCGUCGCCAACCCAAGAAGUGGGGCUGA